AUGGCUAGGACUAGGGGCGAUUCCAAGCUGGUACCAGCGCCAAAGAUGGAGGAUUUGGCUUCUUCAAAGAAGAGAAAACAAGAUGUUGAAGAUGAAGAUGUGGAAAGUUCAGACGAUGAGUUUAUUGUUGAAGGAAUGAUAGAUCAAGGAAGUGACGACGAGGAUGAGGAUGAGGAUGAAGAGGAACAGGAAGAAAAUGGAGAAGAAGAAGAAGAGGAGAAUGAAGGUGAUAUCAGUGAAGCAAGUCAAUCAGACUUUGAUUCUGAAGAAGAACUCAACAAAUUAAUUGGAGAAGAAGAAGAUGAAGAAGAUGAAGAAGAUGAAGAUGAAGAUGAAGAUGAAGAAGAAGUUGAUGCAAGUGAUGACAGCUCGGUUGAAUUUUCAGAUGAGCCACAAGAUGAUUUAUCCGAUGUCAAUUUGAAAAAUUUGACGGUGAAAGACCCAUCAGGAGCUCAAGAUAUUCAAACCAAAUACUCGGAUGGAAGAUUGAGAAUUAUUAAACCAGAAAUUGAGCCCAUAUAUGAUAGCGAUGACAGUGAUGCUGAAAAUUUCAAUACUAUUGGUAAUAUCCCCAUUUCGGCAUACGAGGAGAUGCCUCAUAUUGGUUACGAUAUCAAUGGUAAGAGAAUUAUGAGGCCUGCUAAAGGGUCUGCAUUGGACCAGUUGUUGGAAAGCAUCGAUUUACCACAAGGAUGGACUGGGUUAUUGGACCAAAACACGGGUACUUCGUUGAAAUUGACCGAUGAAGAAUUGGAAUUGAUUAGAAAAAUCCAAAAACAAGAAAAUACCGAUGAGAAUAUCGAUCCUUACGAACCAUUGAUUGACUGGUUCACCAAAGAUCAAGAAGUUAUGCCAUUAACAGCCGUGCCUGAACCCAAAAGACGAUUUGUUCCCUCGAAGCACGAAGCUAAACGAGUAAUGAAAAUAGUCCGUGCUAUUCGUGAAGGACGAAUUUUGACCCCAGAAAAAGCCAAAGAGCAACGAGAAAAGGAAGAUGAUGAAUUGAAUUUCGAUCUUUGGGAUGAUGAAACUGAAGUUCCUGAUCAUAUAAUGAAUUUGCGAGCACCCAAAUUACCACCACCAACAAAUGACGAAAGUUAUAACCCACCAGAAGAGUACUUAUUAAAUGAAGAAGAACGUCAAAAAUGGGAAAAUGAAGAUGCCAUUGAUCGUGAAAGAAACUUUAUUCCUCAGAAAUAUAAGUCUCUAAGACAAGUUCCUGGGUAUCAAGACAGUGUUCGAGAACGAUUUGAGCGAUCAUUGGACUUGUACCUUGCUCCUCGUUUGCGUAAGAACAAGUUGAAUAUCGAUCCUGAAAGUUUAAUCCCCGAAUUGCCAUCGCCAAAGGACUUGAGACCGUUUCCUAUACGUUGUUCAACUAUAUAUGAGGGCCAUACGGGUAAGAUCAGAACUGUUUCAGUUAAUCCACAGGGCAUUUGGUUAGCCACUGGAUCCGAUGAUGGAAGUGUUCGCGUAUGGGAGGUUUUAACGGGGAGACAGGUGUUUAAGGCACAAAUUAUUAACAAGGAACAUAAUGGUGAGGAUCACAUUGAAAGUCUUGAGUGGCAUCCUGAUUCCGAUACUGGUAUUUUGGCAGUUUGUGCUGGUGAAAAUGUCUAUCUCUUGGUACCACCUAUUUUUGGCUUUGAUAUUGAAAACAGGGGUAAAUUGAGAAUUGAAAGUGGUUGGGGUUAUGAUACGUUUGGAAACAAGAAACAGGAUAUGAAAGUUGGCAACGAUGAGGAAGAAGGUGACGGUGAUGGUGACGAUUCUGGGGCAACAAUUUCCACCAAGAAGGAUGUGGCAAAAUGGAUCAACCCCACUGCUACUCAACAAUUACAAUCCAUUUCGGCAAUUAUACAGUGCCGUAGAGCUGUCAAGAAGAUUUCCUGGCAUAGAAAAGGUGAUUAUUUCGUGACGGUUUCCCCCGAUAGCAAAAACACGGCAGUUUUAAUCCAUCAAUUAUCCAAACAUUUAUCACAAUCGCCAUUCAAGAAAACCAAGGGAGUUAUAAUGGAUGCCAAGUUCCAUCCUUUCAAGCCACAAUUGUUUGUUGCUUCACAACGUACCAUCAAGAUUUAUGACUUGUCGCAACAAAACUUGAUUAAGAAGUUGAUGCCUGGUGUUCGAUUAUUGUCCACCAUCGAUAUCCAUCCACGAGGAGAUAACUUGUUGGCGGGUUCUUAUGAUAAGCGUGUUCUUUGGCACGAUUUAGAUCUUAGUGCUACGCCAUACAAGACUCUAAGAUAUCAUGACAAGGCAGUACGGACAAUCAAAUAUCACAAGGGAACAUUGCCACUUUUUGCAUCAGCUUCUGAUGAUGGAAGUAUACAUGUGUUCCAUGGUACGGUGUAUGAUGACUUGAUGACUAAUCCGUUGUUGGUUCCAUUGAAGAAAUUAACUGGACAUAAAGUGAUUAAUCAGAUUGGUAUAUUGGAUAUUGCUUGGCAUCCAAAAGAGGCAUGGUUGUUUAGUGCGGGUGCUGAUGGUACUGCUCGUUUAUGGACAACUUAG